AUGUGCGGCCGGAUCCUGCUCCUCGCUGUGCUCCACGCGCUCCUGGGGUCCCUGGCCGCUGCCGUGCAGAAGAGGAGCCAAGAGACCUGCGUGGACGUGUACGCGGCCGACAUCGCCUUCCUGGUGGACGGCUCCUCCAGCAUCGGCCGGAACAACUUCCGCGUCGUGCGCGCCUUCAUGGAGGACCUGGCGCGGCCCUUCGUGCACGUGGUGGGCGAGCGGGCGGUGCGCUUCGCCGCCGCGCAGUACAGCGACGAGCCGCGGGUGGAGUUCUCCUUCUCCCAGCACGCCAACGGCACGGCCGUCAGGAGGGCCAUCCAGCAGCUCAGCUACAAGGGCGGCAACACGCGCACCGGCGCCGGCCUCCGCUUCGUCGCCGACACCUUCUUUGGGCCGGCGCAGCAGCAGCGGCCCGGGGUGCCCAAGAUCUGCAUCCUCAUCACGGAUGGCAAGUCGCAGGACGACGCGGAGCAGCCGGCGGCGCGGCUCAAGGGCCAGGGCGUCAAGGUCUUCGCCGUGGGCAUCAAGAACGCUGACCGCGGGGAGCUGCUGCGCGUGGCCUCGGCGCCCACCGACGCCUUCUUCUUCUACGUCAACGACUUCAAAAUCCUGGGCUCACUGGUGCCGCUCAUGGUGCGCCGCGUGUGCACCACGGCCGGGGGCACCCUGCGCCCCGCGGGUAAGGCUGCCCCGCCGCCGCCGCGCGGCCCCGCCGAGCUGCAGUUCGUGGAGCGCGGCACCGACGUGCUGCGCGUGCGCUGGACGGCGGCCAGCGGCCCCGUCACCGGCUACACGGUGCAGCACGUGCCGCUCACGGGCCUGGGGCAGCCGCUCGCGGCCGAGCGGCAGGAGGUGAGCCUGGGCCCCCGGGAGACGAGCGCCGUCCUGCGCGGGCUGCGCGCGGGCACCGAGUACCUGGUCACCGUCAUCGCCCAGUACGCCAACAGCAUCGGCGAGUCCGUGUCGGGCCGGGCGCGCACCCAGCGCCCGGAGCCCGUGCAGCGCCUGGCCGCGCACAACGUCUCGGCGCACUCCAUGCUGCUGGCCUGGGCGCCCGCGCACGGCGCCUCCGGCUACCGCGUGUCCUGGGCCGCCGCCGCAGGCCGCGACGUGCACAGCGUGGAGCUGGACGCCGGGCGCACGUCGCACGCGCUGGGCGGGCUGCAGCCCGGCACCGACUACGUGGUGACCGUGGCCCCGCUCUACGGGCGCCUGGAGGGGCCGGCGGCCUCGGUGACGCGCAGGACAGAGGCCGGCGUGGAGCAGACCCUGAGGACCAACAUCCUGGGCCCCACGGCCAUCGAGGUGCUCUGGACAGCGAUCCGCGAGGCCCGCGGCUACCGCCUCGAGUGGAAGAGAGCCACAGGACCCGAGGCACCCAGGACCGUGUCCCUGCCCAGCAGCGUCAGCACCUACCAGGUGACGGGGCUGCAGCCCGGCACCGAGUACCGCAUCACGCUGUACACGCUCUACGAGGGCGGCGAGGUGGCCACCCCUGUCACCACCUUCCAGACGGGUGCGGAGCCACCACUGGGCACCGUCUCCGACCUGCGGCUCAUCGAGGAGAGCGGCCGGAGGGUCCGGCUGGGCUGGAGCGGCGUCCCGGGUGCCACGGAGUACAAAGUGACCGUGCGCAACACGCAGGACGGCACCGAGAGGACGCGGCGGGUGCCCGGCGCCCACACGCAGCUGGAGCUGGGCGACCUGCGGGAAGGCGUCGGCUACGUGGUGCGCGUGUCGGCGCUGGCGGGCGGCCGCGAGGGCAGCGCCGCCGCGCUCAGCCUGCGCCUCCGGCCGGAGCAAUCCCGCCUGCUGCCCGCCGAGCCCACCGCCUUCACCAUCGAGGGGCUGAGCACCGGCACCCUCUACGUGGUCGGCGUCUCGGCCGUGGCCGAGGGCUGGGAGGGCAGCGCCGUCACCGCCACGGGCCGCACAGCGCCCGAGCAGGUGGGGACGGUGACGCGGCUGGAGGUGCUGCCGUCCGGGAGCGGCGUGGCCCGCGUCACCUGGGCCGGCGUGCCCGGAGCCACCGCCUACCGCGUGGUGUGGAGCCGGCGCGACGGGGGCUCGGAGAGCAGCCGGCUGGUUCCUGGUGACACCGACUCCUUCGACAUCCCCGGGCUGCAGGGAGGCGUUUCCUACACCGUGAAGGUCACGGCGCUCGUGGGCAACCGCGAGGGCAAACCCGUCUCUGUCGUCGUCACCACACCCGAGGCCACCCCCGUGUCCCCCGUGAGCGACUUCCAGGUGACGGAGGCCUCGGAGAGCCGCCUGCGCCUGGCCUGGGCGCCGGUGCCCGGCAGCACCGGCUACCGCCUGACGUGGCGCCCGGCGGAGGGCGGCGCCCAGCGCAGCCAGCAGCUCCCGGCCUCGGCCCGCGCCUACGAUGUGACGGGGCUGGAGCCCGGCCGGCGCUACCACGUCACCAUCACCUGCCUGGUGGGCGGCCGCGAGAGCCAGCCCGUCUCCAUCACCGCUGCUACCGCCGCUGCCGGCCGUGUCACGGGGCUGCGGGUGACGGAGUCGCGGAGGGACUCGGUGACGCUCGCCUGGACGCCUGUCCCCGGCGCCUCUGGGUACAUCCUGUCCUGGAGGCUCCCUGGAGGCGGAGGCGACGCGCGGCACACGCUGCCCGGCAGCGCCAGCUCGCACCGCGUGCGCGGGCUGCGCCUGGGCCAGCGCUACACCUUCACCGUCCGCCCGCUCUUCGGGAGCACGCCGGGCACCGAGGCCUCCGUCAGCGAGCGCACAGUGUGCAGGGACGCGCGUGGUGACGUUGUCUUCCUGGUGCACGGCACGCGGGACAGCGUGCCCGGUGCUGACGCUGUCCGUGCACUGCUCUCCGGCACCGUGGCGGCCCUAGGACGCCUGGGCCCCGACGGCACCCAGGUGGGCCUGGCCGUGUACAGCUACCGCAGCCUGCCCUGGCUCCUGCUGAACCGCUCCAGCGACCUGGGCUCCGUGCUGGAGCAGAUCCGCGCACUGCGCUACGAGGAGCCCAGCGGCAACGCCAUCGGCGCUGCCAUCAGCUUUGCCGGGAGAUACCUGCUGAGCGCGGGCGCGGGGCGCCGGCCCGGCGUGCCCGCCGUGCUCGUGGUGCUGGCGGACGGGCCCUCCGGCGACGACGCCAUCGCCGCCGCCCGGGACGUCAAGGCGGCGGGGGUCCGGGUGCUGGCGGUGGCCAUGGAGGGCGCGGACCGGGAGCAGCUGCGCCGCGUGGUGAGCGGCGAGGACGCGCGCAACGUGCUGCAGGCGGGCGGCGCGCCGGCCGAGCUCGAGGGCGAGCUCAGCGACGAGCUCUGCACCCUCUGCUCAUGUGGCCCUGUCUCACAGCCGGAGCCGGAGCCCUGCGCCGUGCAGUGCCCGCGGGGCGAGAAGGGGGACCCCGGCCAGAUGGGACCACCAGGACAUGCAGGACCACCAGGUCCCCGUGGAGAGCCGGGCCGCCACGGGCUGCCUGGCCCUCCGGGGCCCGUGGGGCCCCCGGGCACCCCAGGACAGAUCAUCGAGCGGCCAAGCAAGGGGGACAGGGGCCCGCGGGGGCCAACAGGACAUUCUGGCCCGAAGGGGGAGAAGGGAGAGCCGGGCAGCCCCGGCCUGCCUGGCAGCCCUGGCCUCCGAGGACCGUUUGGAGACCCAGGCCCCGCCGGGGCAGCGGGACCCAUGGGCCCCCCGGGUCCCCCGGGACAGUUUGUGAAGGGGGAGAAGGGAGACCGUGGAGAGAGGGGUCCCCCCGGCCUGGUGGAUGGAGCAGCGCCCCAAGGGGAGCCCGGCACCCCGGGACUGCCUGGGGACCCUGGGCCCCGGGGCCCCGCUGGCCCCCCUGGACCAAAGGGAGACAAGGGUGACGGCGAGGAAGGUUUCCCGGGGCCGCCCGGCCGCCCAGGGGACCCCGGGGAUCGGGGACCUCGGGGACCCCCAGGAGAGCAGGGGAGGAAGGGAGAGCGCGGGGCGCCGGGGGAGCUGGGAGAGAUGGGCGAGAAGGGAGACCGCGGCGCGCCCGGCCCCCAGGGUGAGAAGGGCAAUGCAGGGGCCCCGGGGCGCCCGGGGCUCUCGGGCAGAGAGGGCGACCCAGGAGCACGUGGCGAGCCGGGCAAGCCGGCCCCCAGCGUGGCGGGCGCCAAAGGAGAGAAGGGCGACAGCGGCUUUCCGGGGCCGGAGGGCCCCCCUGGUGCCAAGGGCAGUGGCGCCCCUGGCCUCAGCAUCCCCGGCCCGGCCGGCCCCAAAGGCGAGCCGGGCGAGCGCGGUGUUGUCGGCCUCACGGGCAGGAGCGGCCCAAAGGGUGACCCGGGGGAGCCGGGCGAGAAGGGCGAGCCGGGGCGAGCGGGCGCCCCGGGGCAGAGCGGCGUGCGCGGCAAGGAGGGAGAGCGUGGGGAGAAGGGCGAUGAAGGCAGCCCGGGUGAAGCUGGCCCGCCUGGCAAACCAGGAGACAGGGGUGCUCGGGGCCUCCCCGGAUACCGCGGCCCCCCGGGGGAGAAGGGCGACCCGGGGGACCCCGGUCCUGAAGGCAGAAACGGCAGUCCUGGAGCGCAAGGCACCAAGGGUGACCGCGGGGAGCCGGGGGACGCUGGGGACCCCGGCGAGGAUGGUGCCAAGGGCGCCAGGGGCGAAGCUGGCUCCCCCGGCCUGCCCGGAGAGCGGGGCAUCGAGGGCCCCCGAGGCCCCCCCGGCGCACGGGGUGACCCUGGGGAGCGAGGCCCGCCAGGAGAGAAGGGUGACCGUGGCCCGCCGGGGCUGGACGGCCGCAACGGGCUGGAAGGCAAACCGGGGCCGCCGGGUCCUGCCGGGCUGAGGGGUGACGUCGGGAAGCAGGGGGACCCCGGCCGGGACGGCCUGCCCGGGCUGCGUGGGGAGCAGGGCCUGCCCGGCCCCGUCGGCCCCCCGGGACCCCCCGGCCUCCCUGGCAAAGCCGGUGACGACGGCAAACCCGGCCUCAACGGCAAGAAUGGGGAAGACGGGACGCCAGGAGAAGAUGGGAGGAAGGGAGAAAAGGGUGACGCUGGAGCCCCCGGCAGAGAUGGCCGCAGCGGUGCCAAGGGCGAGCAGGGGGACAGCGGCGUGCCAGGCCCCCCCGGCGCCCCCGGCCUCCCCGGCGUCCCGGGGCAGCUCGGUCCCCCGGGCCAGGGCUCGCCAGGCCUCCCCGGCGUUGCUGGACCAAAGGGGGACCCAGGGGAGCCCGGAUCCAGAGGGGAGCCGGGUCGACCUGGCAAUCCCGGAGCACGCGGUGAGCCCGGGGCAGGAGUGAACAUUGAACGUAGCCUGGAAACUCUUGGCAUCAAGAUUUCCUCCCUCAAGGAGCUCACGGGUGCCUACGACGGCAGCUCGGACUCGUUCCUGCCCGUGUCCGAGCGCCUGCGGGGCCAGAAGGGCAGCAGAGGGGAGCCGGGGGAGAGGGGGCCGCCGGGCAGAGAGGGCUCCAUGGGCUUCCCCGGCGAGCGGGGACCCAAAGGCGACAAGGGGGACCAGGGCGCGCCCGGCCCGCAGGGCCCCACGGGCCGUGCUGUGGGUGAGCGGGGCCCCGAGGGGCCGCCUGGGCAGCCGGGAGAGCCCGGCAAGCCGGGGAUCCCUGGGGUGCCGGGCCGGGCCGGCGAGCUGGGGGAGGCCGGGAGGCCCGGCGAGAAGGGCGAGCGAGGCGACAAGGGCGACCGUGGCGAGCAGGGCAGAGAGGGUUUGCCGGGCCCCCCCGGUCCCCCCGGGCCCAAGGCGGACGUGGCUGAGGGCAGCGUCAUGGGCCUCCCGGGCGAGCGCGGCACCGCCGGAGCCAAGGGAGCCAAGGGCGAGCCGGGCGCCGAGGGCGAGCGCGGACCCAAAGGAGAUAAGGGCGAAGCCGGGCCGCGGGGCGCGCCGGGAGAGGCGGGCGACAAGGGCCGCGACGGCUCCCCGGGCCUCCCGGGCGAGAGGGGACUGGCGGGUCCCGACGGGAAGCCGGGCUUGCCAGGCUUCCCCGGCGUGCUGGGCCGCCCGGGCAACCAGGGAGAGCCGGGCCCACCAGGACCUCCGGGCGCCGCCGGCCCGCCGGGCGGCCAGGGCCCGCCUGGUGUGAAGGGCGAUCCAGGGGAACCCGGCUCCAGCAUCCGGGGCUUGCCUGGUCCCCAGGGCAGCAUAGGGCUGCCCGGACCCCCCGGACCCCCCGGCCUCGUGGGCCCGCAGGGUGCCCCCGGGCUGCCAGGACAGGUGGGGGAGAGCGGGAAGCCGGGCGUGCCGGGCAGGGACGGCGUGCCAGGCAAGGACGGCGAGCCGGGGCUGCCCGGCAAGACGGGGCUGCCGGGACCGUCGGGCCCUGCAGGUCCCAAAGGAGAGCCUGGGGACGCCGGAGCACCGGGCCAGGCUGUUGCUGGCCCUCCCGGAGCCAAAGGCGAGAAGGGCGAGCCGGCGCUGCUCGACGGCGUGCUGCUGCGGGAACACGGAGCCAAAGGAUCCGCUGGAGCCAAGGGGGAAAAGGGUGACACUGGCUUGCCAGGCCCACCGGGACCGCCCGGCUUGGCAGGAGUCGCCGGGAGCCCGGGCCAGCCGGGCUUGAGAGGAGAGAGCGGGCAGCCGGGCCCGCCGGGGCCCCCCGGAGAGAGGGGCGCACGAGGGCUGUCCGGCCUGAAGGGUGACAAGGGGGAGCCGGGGAUCGGGCUGCCCGGAGCCAGAGGCGAGCGAGGAGACCCCGGCCCGCGGGGUGACGAUGGGCGCCCGGGGCUGGAAGGGGACCGCGGACCGGCGGGCCUGCCCGGGAACCGCGGGGAGCGCGGGGACAAGGGAGACAUCGGGGCCAUGGGGCCCAAAGGAGACAAGGGCGAUACCGUCGUGGUGGAGGGGCCCGCUGGAGCGCGGGGCAGCAAGGGGGAGCCGGGAGAGCGUGGCCUGAAGGGCACAGAAGGGGACAAAGGGGACAAGGGCGAGCAGGGCAUCCCUGGAGAGAAGGGGGCACGGGGCGAGCAGGGGGAGAAGGGCUCCACGGGCUUCCCCGGGGCGCGCGGCCCCGGCGGGCAGAAGGGAGAAGUCGGUGCGUCGGGAGAGCCUGGUGAGCCGGGCCAGCAGGGCCGGGACGGCAUCCCCGGCGCCCGGGGAGAGAAGGGCGACAUGGGCCCGCUGGGCAUGCGUGGCCCCAAGGGCGAUCGGGGCGUCAAAGGCGCCUGUGGCCUUGAUGGUGACAAGGGCGAGAAGGGAGAGCCGGGCAUCCCGGGCCGCUCCGGGCUGCCAGGGAGGAAGGGCGACCCGGGAGAGCUGGGCCUGUCGGGAGCGCCGGGCAUCCCCGGGAAGGAGGGACUCAUGGGGCCCAAGGGCGACCGCGGCUUCGACGGGCAGCAGGGCGCCAAGGGGGACCAGGGGGAGAAAGGAGAGCGGGGCGCUCCGGGCGUCAUCGGUGCCCCUGGCCCACGGGGCAGCGACGGGGCGCCCGGCCCCCCCGGCCCGCCGGGCAUCGUUGGUCCCCGCGGGCCCGAGGGGAUGCAGGGCCAGAAGGGCGAGCGAGGCCCGGCGGGUGAGGCGGUGACGGGCGCGCGCGGCGUGCCCGGCAUCCCCGGCGAGAGAGGAGAGCAGGGCAGCCCGGGCCCCCAGGGGCUGCGCGGGGAGAAGGGCGAGCUGGGCAUGACGGAGGAGGAGAUCCGGGCCUUCGUGCGGCAGGAGAUGAGCCAGCACUGCGCCUGCGGAGGGCAGUUCCCGCGCCUGGAUCCACGGGAGCACUCAGGUCUCCUCCCCAACUAUCCAUCCACCCAACCGUUCCCUGCCCAUGUAGUCCCUGUGCUUAAGUUGUCACACGCGGAGGAAGAGGAGGGAGGGAGGUAA